ACCUCAUCAGAAGUGAUGUAACAACUUUCUAUUCCCCUCAAGGACAUGACAAUUUGGGUAGCCACUUCACUAGACCAGCCAUUACUGUUAAAGGUCAAGGGUCAGCAUCAAGGCAUUUCCCUUAUAUUGUACCUUACAAAGCUCAUCUACUUUUUUAUUUCUUUUUUCUUGAGAGAACCUGUUCCAAAGCUUCAGAGACUCAUCACUGCUUCUCACAGAGUAGUCAUCUGUUAGUAUUCCUUGUAUACAGCCUAUGCUUGUAGAUCCCACAAUGGAUACAGGGCCUGAGGCAGCUGGAAGCAAUGACAAUGAGACAAAAAUGAAUAGAAAACUUGGGGAGAAGCUUCACUAUAUAGUAACUAACAUCACAGUAGAACCUCUGGCGAUAUUAUACUGCAUGCCACUGUUACUCACAUCAUUUGCAACUAGCAAUUUAAAUUUAGAAAAAGCCUGUCGUGUAAAUCUUGCAUACAACAGUACAGUGUGUGAUUCAAUAACUGCAAGAAAUAUAAGUGAGCUUAAAGAAGAGGAAACAAAAAUACAAACUGUAGUUGCCAAUAUGCAAAAUUGGAGAAACAUUCUACGUUUCUCAGUUCCAGCAAUUUUCAUAAUAUUUAUUGGUUCAUGGAGUGACCGGACCAGUAAGCGGAAGCCUUUGCUAUUGUUUCCAAUAUUCGGAGAACUUUUAUCUAGCAUUGGACUUUUGCUAUGCACCUACUAUUACCUGGAGUGGCCUGUGGAAGUUGCAGGUGUGAUUGAGGGCUUAUUUCCAGCAAUUACAGGCAGCAAUAUGGUAUUCACCAUGGCUCUGUAUAGUUAUGUGUCAGAUAUUUCAACAGAAGAAGAUAGAACAUUUCGCAUUGGUAUAAUAAACAUGGUAAUUUUUUUGUGCUCAUUAGUUGGACAAUUCAUUGGUGGUAUACUCCUUGAAAAAGUUACAUUUUAUGGCAUGUUUUCAAUUGCUGCCAUCUCAUAUGCCUGUGGCCUUAUAUAUUGUUGGUUUUAUGUUAAAGAAAUACAAAAAGAUGCAAUUUCUUUGACUGAUAUAAACAAAAAAAUCAAUUUUUUUGACUUUGGUCUUGUGAGAGAAACAUUUUUUAUCUUAUUCAAAAGAAGAGAAAACUAUCAAAGACUAGUGUUGUGUCUACUAAUGUGUGCAUUUAUAUCAUCAGCUGGUCCUCCCUUCGGGGAGACAACACUUGCAUAUUUCUUCAUGAGACAGCAAUUUGGUUGGGAUGAAAAAGAUGCCACUUACUUUUUUACAUACAGUGCAGUUAUUUCUUUCAUAGGAACACUUUUCACAGUAAGUGUGCUAAGCAAAAUGGUUAAACUAAAUGACUGCUUGAUUGGAUUAAUAGUGAGCAUUAGCAGACUGAUUGCUGAUUUUUGUUAUGCUUUCACUUAUAGAGAAUGGCAGCUGUACUUGGCUCAGACAAUUGAUCUACUCACUGGUGCAGGUCUCAUUCCAGUUCGAUCUGUUGUUUCAAAGAUUGUACCUUCCGAUGAGAUUGGAAGAACAUUUUCUCUUAUGGGUAUUUGUGAAGGAAUUACAACAUUUGCAUUUGGACCAUUGUAUAGUACAACAUAUAUAGCAACACUUGAGACAUUUCCAGGUGCUUUCUUCUUACUCGGUACCAUUUUUGCACUAAUAACUGGAGCUAUCUACAUAACUAUUUAUGUACUGUGGAAAAGGGGCAAAACUCAUUUGGAGAAACAGUCCAUUGAAAUGGAUGCUGCACAAAAUGAUCAGACAACAAAAGAAGAACAUGUAAAUGAGGCUUUUCAAACUGAAGAACAAGCAGACCUUGACAGCAAGCUGUGAAACAUAAAAAAAUUGUUACCAGAUAUCUCUGAAAGAUCAUGAAUAUAUAAUACACUAUCACUGUCUAAUCUAUGAAUUUUCAUCCAUAGUAAAAUAUCUUAUGGCACUAACAGUCUUCCAUUUACAUAUUAUUUAUUACAGUAAAACUCCCUUUUUACUCUUUUCAGCAGAAUGAUUCAAAAUAGUGUAAAAUGCAGGAAAGUGUAAAAUACAGGAAAGCAUAGGAAACACAAUAAGCUUUAGAUUUUGUGUCUAUUGUUCACUGUUUACAAAGACUCCCAACUGUGGGUUUUUAACAAAUAUCACAUCACAAAAUGUAUUUAACAUAAUUUUACAAUGAUAAUCAAUAAAAAGUCUCAUAUUAAA